AUGUCUUGCUAUACAGGAACAUGUGACGGACCGAAAGUUCGUGCCUUUUUCGCCAGUUACGUUGAAAACGCAGACAGCGUCAUCGACAGCGAUUUUGUCCGGAUGCUCAACAAAUGGGUUGCCUUGUUCGAAACUCUCAAGAAAAGGACAACAGAUGUUCAGACCUAUUCGAAGCAAGUUCAAGCGCGUCUGAAGACUGUUUCCUCCAAAGUCAACUCAGUCAAGGCCAAUGUCUGCAAAAACAAUGCCUGUAAAGGAUCGACGCCAGCCAACGCGUUCAAGAAGUAUGCAAGCACAAUCGCAACAGUGAAGAGUCUGCAAGGUGUUCCUAGUGCUGCAGGGAAGUCGCUUGCAAACAUCCCUAAGAUGACGCAGAUUACACGGAAUGCCAUCAAGUACACCACAACUCCGGCAGAUGAGGCGUAUUAUCUAAAGUUGAUGGACGAAUAUCAGAUCAACUCUUUGAGAGAUGUCGUCAAGGCCUUCAGGGUGACUCAAUAUCUCCCCCAGGCAGCAGAAGACUUGAAGAAGCUCACUGGGACUUUCAACCUCAUCAGCAAUCACGCAGGCGCCGCAAAGACUGCAGCUACGUCCAUCAAUCAGAUCCUGUCUGUCAACUGGGCCAAAAAUUCCGAGCUGUCCAAGACGACAUCAGGCCGCAAAGUCCGUGAUGGCCUUAUCAAUAUUCAGAGGAGCUUUAGGAAUGAUCUGAAAGGCCCUCUUGAUAACCUCAUCAAGGCCAACAAAGCAGUAGAAGACAUUCUCGUUCAGGUACCUCUUCGGAAGAAGAGACUUGAAUUUUAUUCUGGUGGUGUCUCUUACAGCCGCUGGACCAACGCUCGAAUGCCUGUGCCGUGCAAGAAAGAGAACACAAAAUCGUGGACCAUUGGGGGAUUUCCGGCGAGUUAUACCUACCAGGAAGUCCAGGCUUGCGAAUUUGGUCCGACAAAGGUUCCAUUCAUUAAAAAUGUCAUUCCAUAUAUGAAGUAUCGCUUUGUUUGA